CUCUUUCAGCGUUAUGUCAAGCAUGAUUGUUCCACAAGUUGAAGUUAGUAUCAACGGAAGGAGACUCUCCCCGUCGCUAGGAUACACAUCAAACAAUGUCCGCAUCAUGAUCCACACUUGCUUUCACGAGUUUCUUGAAGACCCAAACACCGGUCAGCGAACGCUAACCGGCCGGUUCGUUUCGCUUUCCCCACCAGUUCUUGUAGAUUUCAAUCUCUCUAGUUUAAGCAACAGUUACAUCGAACAGCUUCUCCGAGAUAAUCUUGUUCGUGGCCACCAUUGGUUAUGUGAAGAUUUAGCCGAGGAUAUCUCAUCGGAAGCGGAGGAGUUAGGGUUUGGGCGUAACGGGUUUAGCUUGACCAUCUCCAUCGGAAUCACUUACGAGAUUGUUGCGGCUAUGUCUGAUCUUCUUCCUCCAGACGAGGGAUUGUUUUUGAGAGAUGUGCUAUCCAAGUUGGUUGUGCUAGGGAAGAUAGAUAGAGACGAGCAAGAGAUUAUGGAAACGGAGUCGUGUUCGAUUUGUCUCGACAAUCUUUUUGGUUCUUCUUCGAUACAUGGUCCUUGUUGGAGAUAA